CCUUAGGGCUCCGUCCAGCUCUGCUGUGCCCUCACUGGCUAGGAGCCUGGCCAGGCCCCUCUGCCCUAGUCCAUGGGACGUCUCCAGAGCAGAGUCAGGACUUCUGGCCCCUCCACCUCCAGGUGUAGGUCCUGGAAUCUGCAGCCGCCAGAGCCUGUCUGCCUGGAGUUAAAGACAGAGUGCCGCGUGCCAGGCCUGAGAGAGCUCCUUAGGUCCUAUGCAGCUGAUGUGCGCCUGGAUCCAGACACCGCUUAUUCCCGCCCCGUCGUGUCCGAGGACAGAAAGCGCGUGCACUACGGAGACGGCCAGCGGGACCUCCCAGACAACCCCGAGAGAUUCUACCGCUACAACAUCGUCUUGGGCAGCCAGCGCAUCUCCUCAGGCCGCCACUACUGGGAAGUGGAAGUGGGAGACCGGACCGAGUGGGGCCUGGGCGUGUGUACGGAGGAUGUCGAUCGGAAGGAGGUGGUCUACUUAUCCCCCCGCUACGGAUUCUGGGUGAUCAGGCUGAGGAAGGGAGGUGAGUACAGAGCAGGCACCCAGGAGUACCCGCUCCUGUCCUUGGCGGUCCCGCCCCACCGAGUGGGAGUCUUCCUGGAUUAUGAGGCGCAUGACAUCCAACACUUUUCCUCACUGUCCCUUCCCUGGGCACCUCCUGCCCUAUUACUGUCUUCUCUAAAUCUGUAA